UUCUCCUCCUUUUCGGACUGGGCUUGGGUCCAGCCGAAAACCCGUUGGGCCAUUACUGGGCCUAUGCAAAGAACAUUCACCAUCUCAAAUUCCCGGCGACAGAAACUGCGAAGGUGACUGACUGAGAGAGAAGAGAAAAACAAUGUCAGGGCUGAAGGAAUUGCUGAAGAAAGGGUUAGGUUUAGGCGACAUGGCGUUCAACGCCGGCGGCGGAGCCAUAACCUGGUUCCCCGGCCACAUGGCCGCCGCUACACGUGCCAUCCGCCACCGCCUCAAACUCGCUGACCUCGUCAUCGAAGUUCGCGACGCUCGCAUUCCCCUCUCCUCCGCCAACGCCGACCUCCAGCCACACCUCUCCGCUAAACGACGCGUCGUCGCACUCAAUAAAAAAGACCUCGCCAACCCUAACAUCAUGCAUAAAUGGACGCAUUAUUUUGAGACGUGUAAUCAGAAUUGCGUUGCGAUCAACGCGCACAGCAAGAGUUCCGUGAAGAAGCUUCUGGAGGUGGUGGAGUUCAAGUUGAAGGAAGUGAUUUGCAAGGAGCCGACGCUGCUUGUGAUGGUGGUUGGUGUUCCCAACGUUGGCAAGUCUGCGCUGAUUAACUCUAUUCAUCAAAUUGCCAAGUCUCGCUUUCCUGUGCAGGAGAAGAUGAAGCGCGCUGCUGUGGGUCCGCUACCUGGUGUUACUCAAGACAUUGCUGGAUUCAAGAUAGCACAUAAACCAAGCAUAUAUGUCCUAGAUACCCCAGGGGUUCUGGUUCCAAGUAUCUCAGACAUAGAGACAGGGUUAAAACUGGCUCUGGCAGGGUCUGUCAAAGAUUCAGUAGUGGGUGAGGAGCGUAUUGUUCAAUACUUAUUGGCAGUUUUGAAUACCCGGGGGACUCCACUUCACUGGAAGCACCUAAAUAAUAGGAGAAUAGAUGGAAUUGAAUAUGAAGCUGAGGAAAAUCAUGAAUAUAGUCUGAAAAAUCUUAAGCCAAAGAGAAGAAAUCUGCCAAAUAGAUCUGAUUUGGUCUAUGUUGAGGAUCUUGUAAUGCAAGUUCAGCGUGCACUCUAUUCAAGUCUAUCAGAAUUCAAUGGGAACGUAGAAGAUGAGAGUGACCUGGAGAGCCUUAUUGACCUGCAAUUUAGUGCACUACAGAAGGCAUUGAAGAUACCUCACAAGGCUUCAGAAGCGCGGUUAAUGGUAUCCAAGAAGUUCCUUACUCUAUUCAGGACCGGUAAGCUUGGACCUUUCAUUCUAGAUGAUGUCCCGGAUGUCAAGCCUGUGUCAUAAGGUAGAUUGAAUCAUGGUUUUUCCCCCUCCUUUUUCUUGUGUAUUAGAUCUCCUACCUUUCCUCCUUUCCCAUUUGUGCAAUAUGUAUUUCAAUCCAAAUUUUGCUGUAACUUGUAAAUAUCGAUGAAUUUAAGUUAGAAAGAGAAAUUUGAACUUCCUGUGGAUGCGGGUGAUUUGCCAGAAUUUCAGUUCUAGAGUCUUUUACCUAAACAUUUAAGCAUAUCAACAUUUAGUUCAUGACCACGGAGUUCAAAGCAA